AUGACACACACGCCAGUGGAGGAAUCCCUCUUCCAAAUCAUCUGCUGCUAUCAUCAGUACGCCGCCCGGGAGGGGGAUGUGGAGACCCUGUCCCUGGAGGAGUUGAAGGCUCUGCUUAUGGAUAACGUACCCUGCUUCAUGGAGAGCCUGGGUCGGAAGGAGCCCUACUACAUCUCGGAGCUGUUCAGGGCUGCAGACAAGAACAGGGACAACCAGAUCUGCUUCGACGAGUUCCUGUUUGUCCUGGGCCGGCUGCUGAGGGACUAUCACCUGCUGUAUCACCGGCAGCUGUGCACCUGCUACUGCACCCGGCACAGCCUGCACUAG